GGGAACAGACAGAGAUUUAUUCUCUUCCGUUGUCAAAGUUAAAGCAUGGCUCCAGUUUAUUGACAGCGAAGUGUUGACAAAUCGUGAGGCCAUUACAUACAACACAUUGGAUGUGUCAUUUCACUGCAUCAAUAACCUCCGAUGCAUGCAAACCGGCAGUCAUGCAGAAUUGCUUUAGUGGCGGAAUCAUCCGAACCAUCCGAUAAGCAUCUGCGGGGAACAUUUUGAUAACGACAACACAUCUGUGGCGCGGGGAGGAGGCAACAACUGCAUUCUUCAUCAAUCUCAUAUACCAAUAGAUACUCAGUUAAUAUUCUGUAUACCGUUUUCUAUGAUACCCAGUGUUCUCCAAGACAAUUGAAGCCUCAUUCACAGAUGCCUUACCCAAACGUCUUUCAUCUUCCAGGGGAAGAUAUCUCACCUUCCACAGACAUUAAACCAGCAGCCAUAUCCCAACCUCUGAUAAACAGUAUUCCGCCUGAUCUUCUUCCCCGGUUCGACCCCGUCUUCGCAAAAUAUCAUGCGCAUUACUCAGCGGGACGAUUGGCCACCCAUCAAAUUCCAAUCAAGGAGUUUAGAGCCAAUCCUCGCAAAUACAACAUCGUUUACGGGCGUGCUAUAGCACCUGACGUACAUUCUAUCACUGAUGUUCAAUGUCCAGUAACACCAUCUAGCGAUGGAAAGAACAGCAUCACAGUGAGGAUUUUCGAACCAGCUCCAACUAUUAACGAAGGAAAGCCAAGACCCGUGUAUAUCAAUUUCCACGGUGGGGGAUGGGUUUUCGGGGGCUUGGAAACGGAUAUGGAGUUUUGUAAGAGAUUGGUUGGGGAAUUGGGUUGUGUGGUCUUUGAUGUGGAUUAUAGGUUGGCGCCGGAAUAUCAAUGGCCCAUUCCGGUGGAUGAUUGUAUUGAGGCUUUUAAAUGGAUUGAAUCGGAUGAGAUGGUUCAGAAGCGAAAUUUGGAUAGGCAGAGGUUUGCGGUGGGAGGGAUAAGUGCGGGGGGUAUGUUGGCGGCGGUCGUGAGCCUUGUUUGUAGGGAUGAGGGAAUGCCGUUGAGUUUUCAGUUGUUGGGCGUGCCGGCUGUGGACUUGGAUGGAUAUGGGGCGAAUGGAAAGCUGACGGAGGAGGGAUGGAAUAGGUACCCUAGUUAUAGGGAGAUGGAAUUUACAGUGCCGUUGCCAGUGGCUAGAAUGGAAUAUUUUGCGGCACAAUUUCUGGGGGAAGAGAGGGAUCGGGAUACUUAUAAUAAUUGGAAAGUCUCCCCUAUGCUAGCGACUAACUUUGAGGGGUUGGCACCGGCUCUCAUUUUGACGGCGGAGAUGGACCCUUUGAGAGAUGAAGGUAAAGCUUAUGGGGAAAAGAUGAUCACUGCAGGUUCUCAUGCUGAAGUUAUUUGUAUGAAGGGAAUGCCUCAUACUUUCAUGAUGAUGGAUGAUAUUCUCGAGAAUGGCAAAAGGUACAAUCGUGAAGCAAUUCGAUCACUGGCUACUGCUUGGGGCAUCGCUGUUAAGUAAGGCUGGAUUGGAGUCACCAAGAUUCAUGGAUGCCGAGUUCGAAAGAACGGUUAAAUGAUUGCACUUCAUAAUGGCGUCUUUCUGUGGCUCGCCGUUUGCAGACAUUUGGACAUUGCGAAUAGACAGGGUUAGAUAGAGCAAUCACCACAUAGCACCUUUAUCGAAAGUGACGAUUAAGAAACUCGGGGUUUAGACAGCAUUUGCUCUUGUUAGAAAGGUUGUGAAUUGAUGUGUUA